UUGGAAUAAUGUGUAAUUAACGUCUCGAAGUAUUUAUGUGUCAUAAAUUAAUCCUAUUACGAUUAAUCAAUACGUCGACAUGUGUCUUACGUAUGCAUGUUAUUUUAUAAGAUGUCGAUAGAUAUGUGGGAUUUUAUCGGUUGCGAGGUGUUGCUGAGACCUGACCGUUCAAUUCAUCUAAAUAAGCUGUUAAUAUCGAAAGACCAAUAUCUACAAUGACCAUCUCACCCGUUGCUCUCCGUUUAUCGACGACAUCGCUUUAUUUAUCUUUGUUUAUAAUCUGGUUUUUUAAAGUGAAAGUGGCGGCAGCGCGGGCAUACAUACACGGCUUGACCAAGGCAGUUGGAAUGUCUGUCCUUGAGAAUGAAAGAGAUAAAAAUAUUCCUAGCGAGUGCCUUCUGACUUCAUUUUCCAUCAUUUAAGCAACCCUCUGUCUUAAUUUGACUGCAUCAACUCUUCUACACCAAACUGUUGUUUCAGGGGGAAACGAGGCUCUGACUAAGUCAGUGUAGUGUGGCACCCGUUAAAAAAAAGCAAAGUACUUUAAUAAUUUUUCUCGGAGCCUUUGAUCAGCGCAUGAAUAUUUGUUUUACCUAUUAUGUUAUAUUGUCGACAAAUAGCACGAUUUAGUUUUCACGAGAAGCCUCGCUGCUUUUUCAUGGGGAUUGUGCCCCUAGCAAUUAGAAAGUAGUUAAAUGCGACAUUAUUUAUGAUUAGCUUAUUCCGUCAUUUCUAGCAUGCUGCGUAUUAGAAGCGGUUUUGAGGGUGGCUAAAUGUCUGGAAUAUAUCAAAGAAGUUAUGCAAGGAUAUUACUUAUGCUUUUGACUCUUGAAUUAAUAAUUUGAACAAGCAAACAGCUGCCGUUAAUUUAAAUGGACUGUUCCAUUGUGUUUGUCGGGCUCACAAUUAACUUAUUGUGUUUGAAUGUAACAUUUUAUUUUUUGUGUUGAAAUAGACAGGUAUUGAAUUGAAAGUCUUCAAAAAGGAUAACUGUCCACCGAGAGACGCUGCACAAAAGAUUGAUAGCAGCAGCCUGAACAUCAUGCAUCUUUAUUGGCAACUCGUUCUUCUCGUCGUUCGUUUUUGUUGCUGUUAAAACAGGUCUGUACAUUGUUGACUAUGGGACUGUGUUCCCUAUUACUCCGUCUUGGAAGGAUGAAAUCAAAAAUGGUUCCAUCCAUCAGAUUGAACAAUCUCACAAGAAAUGCGACGAUUCCUCAAUUGUGUACACUUGGAAUGGAUCUUCUUUUUUGAUUGGUCCAGCCUUCACUAACUACCAUGGGCGAUAUAAGAUGCAUUUGGAAAAUUUUUCAGGCGCUUGGAAGACGAUUAUGUUUGAUAUAGAUAUUCGUUAUACACCAUAUGUGAAGUACCGCAAAGUUAUCGUCGAUGAAAACGAUACAGUAAAUUUAACCUGUUCUUUUCAAACGAACUGCAACAUCCCCGAAGCAAUGUGGUCAAAGGAUCGCGGCGAAAAUCCUGUUACUGAUUCGACAAUAAAGAGAUCAGGAAAUGUUACCUUUAUGACGUUAACAGUAGAGAGAGCGGAAAAGCAUUUCUCCCAACUACCAUAUUCGUGUUUCAUUAACAAGAAGAGUAGUAUUGAUGUGAAACUGGAAGUAAGAGAAAGAAAACAACUUUCUGUGGAUGUAUCUAACAAUUCAACAUGGUUUGAUAGAGAUACUGAUGGUUCCAUUGAGUUUACUAUCCAUGGCUCUCCCUUGCCUUCUCUGACUUGCACUCAAAAUAGGACCCAAAAAAUAGUGUUGUCUUGCUCGAAAACUCAAAUGAGAAGCCUUUUGUACGAAGAAAAAAGCAAGCCUUGCAUUUCGAUCAGUGGAAAACAUGUUAUCAUUUCCCGUGCAAGUCAAACAGGCAAAGUUAAACUUUUGAUAACAAAGUUGAAACUAGAGAAAGAUAAUGGUCGUCUUGACUGCCUCCUUAGGAAUCCAUAUGACAAAAAUCAUUUUUAUCUCGACGUGAAUGUAAAAGUAAUGUCAGAAUUAAAUAUCACCAAGAAGAAUGAGCAAAACGGUACAACUUUCUAUUGUAAUGUAAAGGCCAACCCUCCACCAAACAUUAAAUGGAAGAUCUGCCCAAUUGGGAAAACAGAGCAGUGUGCUCCUUUGGUCACAGGCAAAACUGUUAGGAAAAAGUCCUAUUUAUACCAAAGCUCUAUAUUUAUGAACAAAAGUGAUGAAGAAUACGAAAUUAAGUGUGGCGCGAGUAACAAGUUUUGGACAAAGAACGAGAAUGAUAUAUACAGAGUUCUGACAAAAAAAACUGAAUCGUCCUUUGGAGGCAAUGAAAAAGAUAAGGCAGCAAUUGUUGCAGUUGGAUGUAGUUUUGCGCUGUUCCUUAUAAUCAUCUUUGCAUCGGUACUAUAUGCAAGCGAGCGCAAAAAAAAUAGAACAUACAAAAGAUUCUUCAUGGCAAACAAUCAAUAUUCAGUUGAUCCGUUAAAAAGCCUCAACGAACAAAUUCAUAAUUUGUCGUACGACGAAGACUGGGAAUUUCCUCAUACGUAUCUCGACUUUCAAGAACUCAUUGGCUGUGGGGCUUUUGGAAAAGUGUACAAAGCAAAAGCUUAUGGAAUCGGACUAAUGAACUCGCGCGAUAAAAGCACACAGGCGAAGAAACAAAGAAAAGAGUUCACCAAAGCUCGUUACAAACCAAAUCUUGCUCUUUGUGAUGAAAAAGAGUCCAUCACUGUCGCUGUCAAAACAACUAAAGAAAAUCCAAGUGCAAACGACAUCCGCAAUUUGGCAGGUGAAUUGAAGAUGAUUAUUCACGUGGGAGAACACGUGAACAUAGUGAACGUUUUAGGGGCUUGUACAAAAUACCCCAAACUGUACAUGAUUAUCGAGUACUGUCCACAUGGAAGCCUGCUCGAGUUCCUACGUAAAAGAAGAGAGAUAUUCCAGCCAACUUGGUGCAAAGAGGAUUUCUCAAGUGAAGAAAUUUUCACGAUGACAAGUCUUGUGUCUGCUGCUUUGCAAAUAUGUAACGGAAUGCAGUUUUUAGCCGCCAAAAAGUGUAUCCAUCGAGAUCUUGCGGCGCGUAACGUUCUAGUUGCUGAUAACUAUGUGAUGAAAGUUGCCGAUUUUGGGAUGGCUCGUGAGAUCGUGGAUGACAUGAACUACGUUUCCAGUACUCAAGGAUACUUUCCAGUGAAAUGGAUGGCCUUGGAGUCGAUAUUAGAAAAAGUUUAUACCGAAGAGAGUGAUGUGUGGUCGUUUGGUAUUCUUCUUUGGGAAAUGUUUGCACUGGGAAAGCCACCAUAUCCUUCGCUUCCCAUCGAAAACCUUUUGGUAUUCCUUCAAAAUUCUCUGCGAAUGGAAAAGCCCGAAAAUUGUCCAAGCGAUAUCUAUCACGUGAUGCGAGAAUGUUGGGAUGAAGAACCAAAAAAACGUCCCACUUUUCAGUCCCUCUACAACAAACUUCAAAAGAUAUUGUACGAAAAUGUCGUUGGGGAAUCAAGUAUUGAUAGUGAUGAUAAUUUAAACACGCUGUACUUGAGAGAAGUGAGUCCACUCUCGUGUGAAAAGAAUGAAACUUUUGAAAAUUUGAUGUGAGGUUAUGUUAUUCACGUACGAAGGUCCACAAACAGUUUCUGAUAACGAGAGGCAGUGAAAUACGGGGAUUUCCAUCAGAGCGAAAUACGACGACUGCAACUUUGCUGCAACGCGUUCAAAUUUCAAUCUAUGCUGUCACCAAAUUAGUAUAUGUAUUAUUAAGUUUGAAAUAAAAAAUUUCGAAACAUUCAGAUUUUAAUUAAACGUGUUUUGGAAAUAAAUAUUUAUCAAAGUAAUGAGACAUUUCGAGUAUUUCACGGACUGUGCUAUAGCCAGUGCAACAUAUCCAGGUCAGGUCACGCUAAUAUUGGUCACACUUAUCAAGCGCAAAAAUUUUGAAAAAUUCUAACUAGAUCGUUAUUCAAUGAGCCUUUUUAUUUCAGUUAAUGUUAAAGCUCAACAUGACAAGCUUUUGGGCAUUCAGAUUGGUGUCUAUAUAUGUUUCAAUGCUCACAAUUGUAUUAAAAACAACAUACUUGGACAUUAAAUAUGUGUAUAGAGUGUCUCUGUUUUUUUCAAGCUAUAAUGAUCUUAUUGUGAAUGUAAUGAAUCUUAAAAAUUUUGCAAGCAAUGAAAAUAAUAAACGGCUGUAUGGACAACA